AUGUCGCUCCGCGACGAGAUUGAAUUCACGACGCUGGCCAAGAAUGCGAGCAGACAAGCUGCCCACGAGUCGGGGGAGAAGCAAGCAGUAGCCAGCAGUUCGCGGUCACAGAGUCCUAGUAGCGCUGAUGGGAUCGCAUCUGACGCGAAGAAUGAGAAGACUUGGGCAGCCAUGGAGGCGGGUCCUACGGCGGUGGACGCGUCGGUGCAAGAGGCCAACUUAAAGUCCAUGGGAAUCAUUGAAGAUGAAGAGGAUGGCCACGUCACUCGAGGUCUGAAGCAACGACAUAUGGCGAUGAUCGCGUUGGGUGGGACCAUUGGAACGGGUCUCUUUGUUGGGCUGGGAACGAGCUUGGCGAGCGCCGGACCAUUAUCGACUCUGCUCGCUUACAGCUUCAUGGGCUUCCUCGUUUGGGGUUUGAUGAUUGCUUUGGGCGAGAUGGCCACCCUCUUCCCGACGUCUUUCAUCAUCCACGCUGGAAGGUUCGUCUCUCCUGGAUUCGGAGCAAGCUUGGCGUGGAUGUACUGGUUUUCGUGGGGCAUAUGCAUCCCUACCGAAAUCAGCGCGACUGCAUUGAUCAUCGGUGAGUUGGCGCGGUCUCCUGUUUAUCAGUGGAAUCAUCAUGUUGAGCUCUCGUGCUCGGAUCUUUACUCCUCUUGUGGCUUCGAACCCACCAGGCUUCUGGGAUGUGGAACAGAAGAUCAGCCCUGCUGUCUGGAUUUCUAUUCUUCUGGUCUUAGUCACAUUUGUUAAUUUUGCUGGGGUGCGGUGGUUCGGAGAAGUCGAAUUCUGGAUGUCAACGUUGAAGGUUGUGACGGUCGUCGGCCUGAUCAUUCUGAUGUUGGUGCUCGACCUGGGAGGUGGCCCUACCGGUGAAUUCAUCGGCGGGAGGUAUUGGCGCGACCCAGGUCCGAUGGCGCAGUUUCUUUGGACUCGAGGCGCAGAUGGAGCACCUGAAGGCGGGAUCUCCGGAUCAUGGGGCAGAUUCUUGGCAUUCUGGAGUGUGCUCGUAUCCGCCAGCUUUGCCUUUGCUGGUACCGAAAUAGUCGGUAUUUGCGUAGGAGAGGUCGAAGCGCCACGUAAAAAUGUGCCGAAAGCUAUCAAGAGGGUCGCCUAUCGAAUUGGACUCUUCUACGUUCUCGCCGUCCUCUUCGUAGGCCUUUGCGUGCCUUACACCGACGACAGGCUUCUCACAGACUCCAGCACCGCCUCGGCCUCCCCUUACGUCAUUGCGAUCGAAUCUGCGCGCAUUAAAUUUCUACCGAACCUCAUCAAUGCGGUGCUCGUCGUUGUCACAUGGAGCGCGGCUCAAGCAGAUCUUUACGCCGCUAGCAGAGCUCUCUAUGCUCUCGCGCUGGGAGGCAGGGCCCCGAAAAUCUUCCGCAAAUGUACCAAAGCCGGCCUUCCCUUCUGGUCGCUCGUCGCCACGUCUUUAUGGGGACCGCUUGCCUGUGAGUCUGGCGUUGGAUGCUGCUGAUGUGCUUGGAUGAGCUCGCUCUGACCUGGCACGUUCCUCGACACAGACCUGGGCAUUGGAUCGAUCGGUGCCGAGAAAGCUUUCGGUUAUCUAUACGACCUCAGCGCUGUUUCAAUCCUUGUCUGCUGGUGGGCGAUCCUGAUCACCUACUGUCGUUUUCACCGUGGACUUGGCUUGCAAGGCCUUGCAAGGUCGGAUCUGCGUUAGUUGCAAGUCGGCGGUAUCCGGGUUUAGGCGAACAGGGCUGACCUCUACCUUACUGGCCAUCCCAGCGUACAUCGCACCUUUGCAGCCAUACCUGAGCUGGUUUGUGGUCCUGAUAUUCAGCAUCAUCAUCCUGUUGGCCGGCUUCCAGGUCUUCAUGAGGGGACUAUGGGCGGCUGACACGUUUGUGACCACAUAUCUGCGUGAGUGCGCCUGGUGAACAGCCGUCAAAUUCCGUGUCGCAGACAAAGGAGCUGAUUCUGUCUCUCGUUCUGGAUAACACCUGCCAGCGGUCAUUGUCUUUCCGUUAGUCUGGGCUGGAUACGACCUUUGGCAAGGUACCAGGGUGGUAUCCUAUCGAGAAAUGGACCUGCAGUCUGGCAGAAGGGAAAUUGACGAAUUGGAAGAGUUUGCUGCCCUCAACUACAGACCGGACAGUGUGGUGCGUGUGAUUGGGCCCCUUCCGACGCUGUGCGUAUGCUACACAAGUUUUCUGACCCAUCGUUGCGUCCUUGUCCCUAGAGCGAACGCGUCCUGAACUGGUAAGUCGUAGUUUUGGAAGUAUCCGGUGUUGCCGUGACUGAUCACGAUGCUUGUACACACCCAGGCUAUUUUGA